AAGAGGCUCUAGAAUGCCAUAUACUGAAGAAUACAUUAGAAGUAAACUGAUCAAAGAGUUGGAGGCCUCUCACGUCUAAACCAAAGCCCCCCACCUCAAGAAUGCCCGAGUGCGCGCACCUCGGGCUCCUAAUCUCAUCGGCGAUACUCCUAAGAUGGUCGACCACCUACCACCCUUACAGUGGCGCAGGCAAGCCCCCCAUGUACGGCGAUUACGAGGCUCAGCGUCACUGGCAGGAGAUAACCCUGAACGUGCCCCUAGGCCAGUGGUACCGAAACACAACCGACAACGACCUCCAGUACUGGGGGCUGGACUACCCGCCCCUGACGGCGUACCACAGCCUCCUCCUGGGAGCAAUCGCCAACUCCCUGGACCCGUCGUUCGUCGAGCUCGAAAAAUCCCGGGGCUUCGAGUCAGACGACCACAAGCACUUCAUGCGCCUGACAGUCCUCGCAGCAGACGCGCUGAUCUACAUUCCCGCGGUCAUCCUCUACUUCUGGACCUCAGAAAUUCCCGACAGUAAAGUCCCCCCCAAAGCCGAGAGGAACAUCUUCGGCUUCAGGCGCCAGCACCUCCUCAUCCUCUCGUCGUUGCUGUACCCGGGGAUAAUCCUGAUCGAUCACGGCCACUUCCAGUACAACUGCGUCUCCCUCGGUCUCUUCGUUCUCGCCGUCGUCGGGAUCAUGAGGGACUCCACAGCCCUCGCCUCCCUCUUCUUCGUCCUCGCCCUCAACUACAAGCAGAUGGAGCUCUACCACGCCCUUCCCUUCUUCUUCUACAUCCUCGGGGUCUGCCUGAGGCUCGGGGAGAAGUCCCUUCUCUCCGCUCUGAAGCUCCUCGUGAAGACCGCUCUCGUCGUCCUGGCGACGUUCUUCGUCAUCUGGGCCCCGUUCCUCGACAGAUGGCCCGCUGCACUCGACGCUCUCGUCAGGCUCUUUCCCCUGGGGCGAGGCCUCUUCGAGGACAAAGUCGCCAAUUUCUGGUGCUCUGCCAAUGUCGCUGUCAAACUGAAGACCCUCGGCAAUGAUCGGCUUUUUAAAAUGUCGCUGACGGCCACCAGCACUGCCGUCUUGCCCACCAAUUUGCAGCUGCUUCUCAGGCCCAGUAAGGAGAGGUUUCUACUUUCGUUAGUCAACACCUCUUUGGGGUUCUUUUUGUUCUCGUUUCAGGUACAUGAGAAGUCCAUUCUUCUCGUCGCUGUCCCUGUGAUGCUCUAUUUUCGUGAAGAUCCGCUUUUCUGCUUUUGGCUCUUGGGGGUCUCUUGCUUCAGCAUGAUUCCGUUGCUCAUCAGGGAUGGACUGUUCAUCGCCUAUUGUGGGGCCAUGGGGGUUUAUUGUCUGGGUGUUGUGGUGAUGGUCCCGGAGGUGAUGGAGACUUCUGGGUACUUUCGGGGGAGGGCGGGGAGGCUGGUCAAGGCUGCGGCCGUUUGCUCGGCUGCUGGAGCGGUUGCACUUUCGCUCGCUUGUUAUUUUGUGGAGCCUCCGGAGAGGUAUCCGGAUCUGUUUCCACUCCUUGUGUCGGUUUAUUGUUUUGCACAUUUUUUUUUGUUUCUGGUUUAUUUUAAUUUGAAACAGUUUUUUGGCGGCGAGGGGGGGUGGAGCGAGCGUGUCGUGAGAGGCUUGUGAAAUAUUUGAAAUGAAAAUGGAAAAAUGAAUGAUUUUUCAGCUUCCUGGAUAUUUUAUUCUAU